GAUCUAGUUUUGACGAAUUCUAUCCCGGAUUUUGAUUGUACGGUAAUUAUAUUAAAUUAUUUUAAAAUAUUUGUUGUAUGCAAUUUCUUACGUUAAGUAAAUAACUUGUUUAAAAAAUGUAUAUCUAUUAUUAUUAUAUAAAUUUGUAUUGACUAUUGCCACGUGCAGCGGCUCACGAUCACACUUUUAAAAAUUAUUUAACUAGCGUGUUUGUGUUGUACAAUAAAAUGACAACAUUUUAAAUUGUGUAUGAAAAUGCAGUGCUACGUGUUACGUUGUCUCCUCUGAACAUUCAACAAAGACGUGUUGUCCCAUCCUAAGAGAUGCCAGAGAUGCAAGAAAUGACGUCAUCAUCCACACGCAGGAGGUGGACGUGGACAACCACGCUGACAAGUCUCAUGAUCGCCCUUUCAACCUCCUACCAAUAUGGAUACAACCUCAGCGUUCUCAAUCAACCGAUGCUGCUGGUCAAAGAGUUUUUGAACGAAUCGUACUCCCCCGUAACGACGCCACCGCUAACGACAUCGACGUCAACCUCACUGCCAGAAGCUUCGACACCAACAUCGCCAGCACCAUCGUCGUCAACCUCACUGCCUGCACAGAAUUCAAUUUGUGAGAACACUCUGACGAUCCUCUGGUCGCUAUGCACAGCUGUGUUUGUCUGUGGAGGCAUGAUAGGCUCCUUCGUUGUUGGCUGGCUGGCUGAUAGGCUGGGCAGAAAAUAUACUCUUAUGUUGAAUGCUGGACCAUCCAUUGUUGGGGGUUUGUUGAGUGGCUCUUGCGUGUGGGCUGGUUCGCCUGUCCUCCUCCUAAUUGGACGCUUCGUCACCGGCCUCAGCUGUGGGGCUGCCACUCAACUUGGACCAAUGUACAUGAUUGAGAUUGUACCUUUCGACUUUAAAGGUGCCAUGGGAGCGUUGUAUGGGCUGUUUGUGUCAAUUGGUGUUCUAAUGGGAACGUUCUUUGGGUUGAAUAUUAUUCUAGGCGUUGAAGACAAGUGGCCGAUACUAUUGCUUUUGAACGUGGUGCCUGGCUUAGCAAGUCUGUUCGUAUUUCCUUUGCUCCCCGACAGUCCGAGGUAUCUUCUAGUUACCAAGAAAAACAAAAAAAGCGCUGAAAAAGCAUUAAAGUGGUUACGGCAAAGUGAGGACGUGAGUAAGGAAAUAAAGGAGAUGGAGGAGGAGUCAAAGAAUCAGGGCGAUGAUGAAACAUUCAGCAUGUUGAAACUUUUGCGAACUCGUGAACUCCUUGCCCCGCUGAUCGUCUGCCUGCUCCUUCAAAUAGUGCAACAGUUUUCUGGCAUAAACGCCAUCACGUUCUACUCAAAAAGCAUUUUGUUGAAGGCGGGUGUUUCUGUGGACGUCGUACAGUACGCUAUUCUGGGAAUUUUUCUGAUCAGCGUAGCCACCAACAUCUUGACCGUUCCUCUGAUGGACAGACUGGGCAGAAGAAUGAUGCUCCUGGCUCCCAUGUCCGGCAUGAUUCUCGUCCUGAUUGUCAUCUCCGUCUCUCUCAACUUGCAGCCACUAUAUCCACCGAUAAACUAUUUGACGAUUGUUUGUCUUGUUUUGUACGUCGUGUUGUUUGCCAGUGGUCUAGGACCAGUUCCCAACAUGAUCACAGCCGAGGUCUUCAGGCAGGGUCCGAGAUCUAAAGCCAUGAGUUUGGCUGGGCUGCUCAACUGGCUGUCGAAUACUAUUGUGGCUAUGUCUUUCGAAAUUGUGCAAGCUGCCACUAGAGAAUUCAUCUUUCUCAUCUUCCUCGUCAUCAUGAUAGCUUCCGUAAUUUUCAUCUAUUUUAAAGUUCCUGAGACGAAGAACAAGUCGUUCGACGAGAUUGCCAGUCAGUUUAAAAGUACACACAGAAGAUCCAACGAUCAAAUGACAGCUGUUGUUGUAUAAAGAUGUUUAUGUAAAUAAUGACAACCAUGUUAAUAUUGU